AUGACGAAUCCUUAUGCAAAUCAGAUGCAACAGCAACAGCAACAGCAACAGCAACAGCAGCAGCAACAGCAGCAGCAACAACAGCAGCAGCAGCAGCAGCAGCAACAGCAGCAGCAAGUGUUGUCCAACCAGCAGACAAGAAGCGUCGUUAGCAGAGGGUCUUCUCAGUACAGUCGACCUGUCUAUCAAAAUCAGAUCGACCAGGCUCGCCGGCCUGCAUUGCCCAAGUACCAGCCGACGUCCGCAGGGUCUUCAGCGAGUACCAUAAGGAGCGCAACACAGGCUGGAGUCUCUACGAGGAGCCCAACACAGCCUGUGGUGUCUGCGAGGAGCACGACACAGGCCGUUCACAGCCAGAUUCAACAGAAAGCUCAGAGCAUACAGCAAACGAUGGCAGAUACAGUGCCGGUCUCUGCCGAGAACCGAGACAAUUACAGCACUGGCAUCAAGCUGCAGGAAGUUCGGGGAGUCGGUCUGCGGGUCGUCAGGCUGACAAACGGAAGCAGCGCAAUGCUGUGCGGACAAAUCCAUGAAGGUCCUCGUGGCUCUCGUGUCACCCUGCACUUCCGCAACGGUUAUGGGCAGAACUACAGCAUAGACCUCGUGAGGAACGUCCGCAGCUCCAAGAGGGCUGAGGCAAGCAGCAGUGCUGCAAGGUCGAUCCUGCAAGCGGGCACAAGAAAUUCCUCAGACAACCUGGCGUACGCUCAGGCGCCGCCGCUCAACAGUGACAUGUUCACUUCGGGAGGAUCCUUGGCAGGAGACUCGAUCGCAGGAGACUCGUUCACGCCCUCCAUCGCCAUGGGAGAUGACGACUAUGGUGAACAGAUGUGA